AUGUGGCGAUCAAGAACGUUCGGACGAGUGCUGGCUAAGCAAACGAGCUCAUCGACUGCAACUGCUCCUUCAGAAAGCAUUACUGCCAAGGCCCAGCAAGACUACAAAAUUGUGCAAGACGUCGGCAACUUCGAUGAAGUGCAAGCCAAGCGCCCUGAUUUCGACCACUCGACAUCCAUCGAGGUGACGAAAUCUCCCUAUCCUGAAUGGAAAUACGGGCAGGGAGUGCCAGACAAGGGCGCCAGUUUGGCCCAAAAACACCACGAAAUCGAUCCUUACGCGUCUGAUCGGCCAAUGAUUAACAAUUACCGUCUGCUUGUGUCCGGCAUUGCACCUCGACCAGUAGGCUUCAUCAGUACAGUGAAUGCAAAAGGCGAGAAGAACCUCUCGCCUUUCAGCUAUUUUCAAGUCAUCGACCACGAUCCCCCAAUGUUCAUUGUGGGAUUCUCUUCGCGUCCUGGCCGAGUCAAAGAUACCUACCGCAACCUGAAAGAAACAGGAGAAUGCGUGAUCAAUACAGUUUCCGAAAACAUGAUCGAAGCUGUCAAUGCCAGUUCCCUCGAUGUGCCCUACGGUGUUUCAGAGUGGGAUGUUUCGGGUCUCACAGAAGCCCCUUCCACAACAGUCAAGCCGUCGCGGGUCGCAGAGUCGGUGUUCAACAUUGAAGGCAAAGUCAUCGAUAUCAAAGAGUUUACCGAUCAUCAACGCCCUGGGAUGAGCCUUGCUGCCAAUGUCUUGAUCAAAGCCACUCGCUUCUGGGUGAAAGAAGGUACUACGGACGCAGACUACAGCCAUAUCGACUUGGAAAAGCUGCGACCAGUUGGUCAAUUGGGUGGGGUUGCAUAUGGCAGAAUUACGUCCACUUUUGAGAGGCCGCGUGGUAAAUGGUCCGAGGAAAUUCCAAAGAGCGAGCUUCUGGCCAAGUUAGAUGCUUCGAAGACAAAUAUCAAAUAG